AUGGAUCGACGCCAACUUGAGGCAAGCAACGGCAGAGGUUACAUACGAACGCCUUCCAGGUGUGAACUCACGGUUCAUCAACAAAGGAGCAGACUAGGGCGGCGUCCUCUCUCUGCAGAGCAGAUCAAGUGGAAUUUCCAGCGGGAGUUCAACAAAAUCACCCUUAUCACCAACAAGUUCGAGGGCGUUCGGACCGAGUACGCCGGGAAUCCCCACGGUCCUAGGCUUGUCCGGAUAAUGCUGGUUAGAUUUUUAGAGUGGUUUGAUCAGCAUGACAUCGAUGAGUCGUUUCUGAUCGAGUCGGCCUGGGACGCCAUGAACGAACUCCUCCUCGAACGCGAAGACAUGCUUGCGCUCUUCAACUUGAUCCUGGACCUGCCUUCGCGCAAAACAGUAAGUUCGCUCGAAUUCGAGCGCCCACUGAUGGUCGAAGCUGUCGAGUUGGCUGCUGGGUUGACCCUCGUCGUUGGUAAUGGAAUCGUCUUGUACGAGGCAUACCUUGGCAGAGAUCGUUUUUGCUAUCGGCUCACCAACCUGGAGAGGGGAAUACUGACAGCUUCGUGUCUACUUGCCGGCUGCGGGGGCGACUCGUGA